CAUUUUCAAACAUGUGGAGGCUUCCUCGAGAGAUUUUAGCUCUAAUAUUUAGCCAUCUCAAAAAAAGAGACGUUUUACACUGUGCUCUUGUCUGCAGUACUUGGAAGCGUAUUGCAAUGCCAAUUGCUUACGAGACUGUGAUCCUAAAUGGCGAACAUGUUGAUCUUGUAAAAAAGCUUUUGGGAUUCGGUCCGCUUGAACGCGAUCGACACUUUCAAUAUGGAAAAUUCACAAAUUGGUUGAUGAUUGAAAGAGAAUACGAUGAUGUAUACUUUAACAAGGAGGAAUUGAUACUACUAUUAGAAUACUUGCCAAAUCUCGAAGUUUUAGACUUGGGCGAUAGCAAUAACUAUGUGUCUUAUAUCAAGUAUAUAAAUGAAACUGAGUCCAACAAAUCUUUGUUGAAGAUUAAAAGCUUUAUAACCGAAAGACUAGAGGACGAUUUUGCUUUUAACAAUCUUUACUUCGCUACCUGUUACAAAUAUCGUGCCACUAUCAUUGAUCUGGAUCUGCAAUUUGAAAAUUUGUUCUUCAACAUAAGCUCUAUAAGUGGAGAUAUCAUUACUUUGUUAGCGCAUUUCAAUAGGUUGACAGAUUUGACCUUUACAAACACUUGCUCUGCUGAACUUACCACGUUGGAUCUUCAAGAAGCUUGCCCUCAUUUAGUUUCGCUGACUUAUGACAGUGAUUUUCAUAUUCCGGAUUCAACAGUGAAAAAUGUUCUUGACAAGACAAAUCAUGGGGAAUUGGAUUACAAGGAUUUGAAAGAAUUUGAUAUCACUAUUCCGUCAAUUCAAAAGAACUACGCUGAUUACAUUGCAAAAUAUGUCUCUCCACAUGUGGAAAUAUUGAGGCUGCAAAUCAGCAACCUGGAUUUAUAUGAUUGGAUGGAUAGCAUUGGUUAUUAUAAUGCUUUGAGUCUUUUAAACAGUUUGUGUAGCGUAGAAAAACAUGUUCAUAUUAGCUGGAGUCCCGACAAGGAUUACAUACGACAAUCUUCGGACAGUAGGUCUGAUAUGACCAAUUUUUUCUCGUGUCUGAAUGCAUUUAAAGGGGACGAUAGAGUAUACUGUAGUUGCCGGUUUUCAGACCGUCAAGAAGGCUAUAAAUCCAUUCAGCAUACUUCAAAUCAUGACUUAUACUUUAAUUAUGGGUUAAACCAUUCUGAUAUUUAUAGUACCAGCGAUACAGAUUCAUCAUUUCGUAGUACUGAAGUUGUUCUGCCCGAUUAUUCUAAAUCUACUAUUGGACCCAAAAUAAUCAAUAAUAUGGAAGUGAAUAUAUCUAUGCUCGAUGAUCAUGCAGAUUUACUUUUGAAAUUCGCACAAUAUGCACUAACAAAUUGUCCAAAUCUUGAAUACUUUUUAUAUAAAUCAAUGGGAUAUCCUAAAGGUGAUAUUUGUAUUUGUCCUGAUAUAUACAUCGAUACCUUCAGAAGAGAAAGGGAAAACAGGGUAUUAAAUACGACUCAAGAAAACCUCAAGGUUGUAAAGACUCGAAACAUAAUCCCAUCAACAGAAAUGCUGCGACUUUUAAAUAAUUACGUUCCUGCUAUGGAGACUCUUGUGUGUGGUUAUGACAGUCCCUAUGAUGCACCACGGGUAGACGUGACCCUACUAGAUCUAACUGAAUCCGGAAACCUUUCAUUAGUGAUCAUUGACAUUCAAUUUUUAUGUGUUGAUAGUCCGGAUGUAUGUUAUAUUGAAAUGGAGUAUUCCUCUAAAGAUCGUAGUUACUACCUAUUGGAGAUGAAUGAAAAUGGUCUUUCUCUUAACUCUGUUACAACCGAAAAUAUUGAAGAACAAAGCAACAAGGAUGGUGCCAUUAUCCUGUCGAUCCUUAUCAAAUGCCACAUACAUGUCCACUUUAAAUUUUACUGUGAAUACACAAGGGUUGCAGAUAUCAUCAAUGGGGAACUUAUCCAAAAAAAUGAGGUCUCUUAUGAUUCCUUUAUAUUAUUCAAGUUGUAAACACUCACUUUUUAUCAAAUAAAUCGCAUCAAGUUAUGCAUUUUUUCAAACUGCAGACAGCAUUUUGCAAAAUGUAGACAGGUUAUGGCAUUUUAAUUAAA